AUGGUAAGCAUUCGCACUAGAUCCAUAAAAGGCUCAGUAGCUUAACUAUUGACUGAAAUGUCAUUUUUUACAAAUCAUCAUUGCUGAUUCGAAAUAUCGUUGACACCCUGUAUGGGCCGCGUUUAGUUUAGAGUAGUAAACAGCGGUAGUGCCAUCUGGCUCUGUAUUACCGACUGAACAGAUACAGGUAAAAAGAUAUGGCUGCAAGCUGCUGACUCUUGAGCUUGGUAUCAAUACACUGAUAAACAGCUUGAUGAACCUUAGUAAGAAAUGCAGAGCCAAGAAAGAAUAAAGCAUGUGGAUUCCGAUAAGUCAGUUGUUGGUCCGAAAUUUGUACUCUCAGCUCUACCUAGACUGAGGAGGAAUAAGAGACUUGAAACUAAGUGGGGACAGAAAUACUAUACAACUGUAAAUGAGGCAGUAUUCAUGCAGCAAUCGAUACCCUACAUGCCUGCAGAGCCUCCUGCGUCGCUACAUGAUGAAGUAGCAGAUUGUCAACCAUUAUAUGCUUGUGCAGAAUGUAACGAUUGCUUUCGCUUUUCAUGCAGUCUUGAUGCCCACAGAUCCAGGCGGAGUUGGGUUUUGGGUUAUUGGUGUCAGAAUUGUUUCAUGAGUGAAUGUUGCCACAUGAAGAGCGGUCAGCAACCAUGUUUCGAUUGCCAAACAAUAAAUCGUCAACGAAAGACGUUUUUAAGAGCAAAAGGUUUGGGUAAAGGGCGAAAAGUGGGUGCAAUCAAAAUUUUCUACAACCAAUGCCAGUUUUUUGCCCAUCUUAAGGCUCAUCAAACGAGCGUUGUUGACAUCGGUGAUAUUAUGCUGAUGCCAAUACCUACGGACAUUGAUGAACCACAAUAUGCUGAAUUGGAAGGACUUUGCGAAAUAAUUAUGGAGCACAUGUUUGUGACGCGCACGCAUAUCAUGGAUUGGCUACAGACGAAACAGCUUGGCAGUAAAUGGUGGAGAGUUUUACAGUCCAAAUUUGAAAGUAACGAAAAUUCAUUGGCUGAGAUUCUUGGAAUCAAUGGUAAUAAGAAAGUGGGAAGACUCUUUAUUAAACGGCCUAAAAAACCUACGUGUCCACCCAAAUCAAUUUUCUCUUCUAUUUCUGAAACAAUUGAAUCUGUCAUUGCACAAUCAACUUGUAGCAAAACACCACCUCCGACCAAAAGUGAAAAUUCAACGAAUUCCCCCAUAUCACCAGUACUCAUUGACAUUGCUGAGCAACACGUGGAAAAUGACGAUAAUCCUUGCACUACUACGGACAUUGCAUUUGUUGAUUGUGGCCCAUCAGCCAAAAGUUAUCCACCGGACGUCGCAAUCGUACUUCCACCAAAAGACAAAUUAACAAUAAUUCCAAAUGGCAGUACUAGUUGCAGUAAAGUUACAAAUUUCACGCCAGUUAGUACGAAUCCACAUCACUCAGUCCAGGGAUCUGGUAUCCCACUAAAAAUAAUGAAUUGUGAAACCAGCAACAUCACAUCCAGUAAGCUCUCAAGCUCCACUCCUCAAGUUAAUCAACAAGUGUUUGAGCCAAAGAUUACGGUUAAAAAAUUUGCUCAGGAACGGUCACGAGACUCAUCUGUAAUUAUUUGUAGCAAGAAUUCUACAAUAUCAAUUCUUCCAAAGCCACAAGUAUCAAAAAAAUUGGCUCCUGCCUUGAAUAUCAAACUACCCGUGGCUAAAACACCGUUAACGGGUCUGGAAAUAACGAAAGCCAUUGAAUCAUCGAAGAAGACGGCGGCACAAGCUUCCGUCUCGACAUCGGGAUCGAAAAUACUGACUGUGCACACCCCAAAAAAUGCCGAUCUCUCAGAAAUUAUUGGUCAGCUACCCCCUGAGGUAAUCAACGGUAAAAAAUUAUUCUUUUUUGGUCCAUGUACUGGUAGCUUUACCAUACCUCCCCAAAAUGAGGCAAUUUCUAGUCUGGGAAUGAUAAAAAUUCAGUCGGAACUGGACAAGCAAAAAAUAGUUCAAUCACUACCAGCAAUGUCAGUAUCUAAUAUUACAAACCAACAAAGUGUGCUUACUACUUCGGAAUCUGUGAAAAAAGAUCCUCCAACAGAGAAGACGAAACCUAAGCCUCUGCAAACAUAUGUCGACGGUCAAGUCGUUUAUAAAAAUGGGAAAAAAUUCGUCAUUCGACAUGCACGUAAACCUAUUUCAGGCCCUAGGUAUCAUAAUUUAAAUAAUGUCAAGUUCCAGACAGUUCCCAAACAUGUCAGCCUUUCAACAUUCUUGUCACAGUCAGAACACCCUGUAACAUCUUACGUACCAAUAGCACCCAAGUCGGAUGAACCAUGCGUUAAAAAAACUGCUGCUCUUUCAACACCAUUUACAGGAAAUUCUCCUGCCUCCUCUUCAUCUUCUUCGCCACCUCCUACUUCUUCUGCUCUAUCACCCAGUUCCGAAAAAUCGAAAGGUUUGAUAUUUAAGGCACAGGUGAAACAGAAGAAUAGUGACAUGACGAACAGAGAAAAAUUGCCUGGUACCCCAAAUUCCUUUGAACAACAGUCCUCAAUUUCUAUUCCUGUUGGUGUGCCACAAGUGGCUGCUAUCAAUGACGCUCACACGGUUCAAUAUCUUUUAAUUGAAACUGAUACAAACGGCAAAAAGUACGUUGAUUUUACUAAGAAAAUGACAAGACUAGUCAAGAUAAACGAAGGGCUUGGCCAGGGGCAAUUAACUGUAAAUUACAGCACGCUACGAAGGAUCUCCGAAGAACAACUUCGUUACCACAGUGAAAAAAGAAUCAAACAACAAAUUGAACACUUGACACAGGUGAAUUCGGAAUAUUCUGGAAUUAUUAGCAACACAGAUAGUUUACGUGUUUCGGGUAAUCGGAUCGCUAUCAAAAGAUUGGAAAUUGCUUUAAAAGCAUGUUGUAUGCGGUCUGAAGCAGGUCAGGGUUCAAAUGAUGUUGACAUCAUUGAACUACUAUCGAAUUUUGAAGAACCAAAGGUGCCAACUAUAUGCCCUAUUUGCAACAAACCCACAAGGUCACACAAUAACUUUGUAGCAUUUUCAACACCAAUUGCGAGAAAUCCUGACUUUUGUUACUGUGAUACUUACAUGUGCUAUAUUUGUAAUGUAUUUCAAGGAAACAUGUCACGUUUUAGAGCUCAUUUGAAUUAUCACGCUAAACAGGAACCAUAUAAAUGCCCAGAGUGUUUCAGAAAAUUCGCUACCUUUGCUCGAUUGAAGGCGCACACAUGGACGGCUUGUUUUCAUGUAUUGGCAAAGAGAUGGUUCAUGUGUAAAGUAUGCCAAGUUGAAGGCUUUCUUGACGUAGAAUCGAUAACAAAACACUACAUCCUUGCACACAGCAAAUUGAAAAUUGCCUGUCCCGAGUGUGGGAUGCUUUUCGAAUCAUAUGCCCUUUUUGUUACGCACUGUAAAGACGAUCAUCCGAAUGUACCUAAUCAGCUAAGACCUGUCAAUCUGAUAGAAUGUAAUGUUGGCAAUUGCCUUGUUCGCCAUGAACAUUACAGAUCACAUCUGGAAGAUCACGAAGGCAUAACGAAAAUACUUUAUUACCAAUGUCCGUUUUGCCCUUUUCCAUUUAAAGACAGAUCGCAAGAUCGGGACAUAAUUAAACUUCAUUUGCGGCAAUGUCAUCGUGCUCAAUAUGAUCAAUUAUCUGACUUGGAAAAUUUGGAAUGCUUGCUUGAUGACAUGUCUCAAAAAAUGUCGGCAAAGCCAAAGUCAAGUACCGAAACAAUACGUCAAGAUGAACAUACCACAGAAGUUGAUCAAUGUUCAAAUGCUUCAGAUGUAAUGCAAACGAAUAUAGAUACCCUCAGCCAAGAUAGUGUAGAAAGUAAUCCAGAAGCAAGUAAUCGAUCAUCAUCUGACAGUUUGAAUGCCACUUUGACGGAACAGGAGUUUAAAAAUGGCGUUAAGUGUAGUAUCUGGUCUCUAAAUUUGGCUCAUCCGGAAUUGGAGACCUAUGAUAAUCGUAGUAAUGUAAUUAGCGAAUAUAGCUCGUCACCAAAAAUAUUUGAUGUGAGAUCAGUUACACCAGAUUCAUAUGCAGAGCUAGGAGAAGCGACCAAGGAGAAAACAGACGUCAAAAGGGGAGAAAAAGAUAUUGACCCUGGACUAGUUUCAGACCCCUAUAGGCCUGAGGAAGUGUCUGAAAAUUUUAUCAUAAUGGAGGAUGUGGACCAAAUUAUACCGACAAAGAUGCCCCCGUUGAUACUCAUUAAGGAAGCAGGAAUAAACAUGAAUCUGACAAAAAUGAUCCAAUCGACUGAGACAGCUUCGAAUGCGUUUGUGAAAUUAUCGGAUCUGACAAGAUCAAGUCAGAGAGCAGUGACUGGAAAAAUUGCAGUUAAGUUGACAGAACUGGAAACAGAAUGUACUGAUGAAAAAACUGAUACUCGAGAGAAAAAUAAAUCCCCUGCGCCAGUUAUUGAAAAUUCAAAUACAGUUGUGUGUACAUCUGGAGGUGAAAAAUGGAAGAGGUCUAGGCAAAUGAAGCAAAAAGUGGCUGUUAAAACACGCACGCUAUCUGGAUCUGUUCUGAAAUCCAAGAGUGCUGGUAUUCAGACAGUAGAGGAUGUUACUGAGUCGGACAGUCAAUUACUCAAUUCCAGCAUUCAAGGUCAUGACGUAUCACAGAUUAUUAAUUGCACCUCAGGUACUGGCAAAGAGGAAGCCAAAAGUAUUUCGUUCUCUCGUGAUGUUCCAAAACUGCCACCAUUAGCAAGAAUCCCUCAACAUUUGUUAGACAUGUCACAGCAAAAUGUAGAAGUUAUAAUGGAGGAUCCUCAGUGUACAAAGGAUGCAGCAGGCAAAUCUCCAACAAAGUUGAAACGAAAGAGAAGGCAACUUUGGCGGAUAGCUCUUAACGCUCCAACCUGUACAAGUACAUCACGAUCAGUUAAUUACCGCUGUCACUUGUGUGGAGAAUUAAUAAAUACAUCGUGGUCAGUAAUCACAAGUCAUUUUGAAUCUAGGCACUCCGAGGAUUAUAAAUUAGCUAUAGUCACACCCAAACUUUUGAGAAUUUCUGAUGAUUUCAUUUCCAAGGGUUACAAGGAACUCCUCGGGCCCCGGAAACGUAAGACAGAUGCAAACAGUCCAACAUCUAAAAGAAGAAGACGAUGGAAUCCUAGAAAACAUAUUGAAAAAGAUUUGUUAGACUUGGGAUUAUGCGUAGAACAAGAGUCAGUGCAAGAUGGUGAAGGAAAUUUUGUAUGCAAAAAGUGUGACCAGCGAUGCAAUGAUAUUUCAUCCUUGCGGAAACAUAUUGGUACGAAUCAUCGAAUCAAGGACCAUUAUCUAGUGUGCUUGGAAUGUGGAGAAAACUUUGUGGUCGAACCAAGCUUACAGAUGCAUCUAAAAGCGUUUCAUCGCAUCCAGGAUCCCAGCACUUACUUAGCGCAAAACACAGCAUAUGCUAAGGAAGUAACGGAGGUGAUAGAAAGUGAACCAAACACUGGAAUUGCCAAUCAAUGCCAUGUAUGCAUGGCUGUAUUUGAGGACAAGCCGGCUGUUGACAAACAUUUGAGGGUCCAUGGUAUGGCAUUUCUUAAUCGUAAACGGAUUGAGGCACGGAUUGCGGCACGAAACCCGGAAAAAAAGAGCAAAAUUGAAAAACCUAAUGAUGUCUCAGCGGCUACUGUCACGAAAGGUGAGGCAUUGGAAAACCACAAGCCUGGAGCAACAAAAUCCGUUGACAAAACAGUACACCAGUUAUCAAAAAGCAAUAUUGAAGAGGCAACGGGCAAAAAGUCUCUAUCGUAAUACAGUGACAUUCAAGCAGGAAUCCUUUAUGGUAGCAGAUGCUAAUAAAAAUGAGAUAAGACUAGUUAAAAACUGCAAAAAAAAAUCGCAGU